AUGCUGCUCGGGGCUCCGGCGCUCAAGCAGAUUCGAACGUUUCUCAAGCUGGAGAUCCUUGAUGUGGAGAUAUCACAAGCUAAGUCGACUAUAUUCAAAACUGUACAGCGAGAAGUGUACAGAGAGGAAUUUGAGAGUCUGACCAAGUUUGGUAAAGUCUCGCAGCAUAGCACACUUCUGAGACUUGAUUCCUUUGUGGACGAGGAAGGUCUGUUAAGAGUUGGGGGUCGCAUUCACUGUGCUGACAUCUCGGAUCCAGAGAAGCAUCCCUUGAUAGUCCCUCCCAACCAUCACGUGACUGGUCUUUUAAUUCAGCAUUAUCACGAUCAAGUGGCUCAUCAAGGCCGUCAUUUUACUGAGGGUGCUAUACGGUGUGCUGGAUUGUGGAUCGUCAGUGGCAAAAGACUUGUUUCAAAUAUCAUCCACAAAUGUGUGCUAUGCAAGAAGCUGAGAGGUAGAAUGGAGAGUCAGAAGAUGUCAGCUUUGCCCUCAGAUCGAGUUUCUGUAGAUCCACCUUUCACACACACAGGUCUUGAUGUUUUCGGACCAUUCACUGUGGUAACACGCAAGACAAGAGUGCAUAACACUGAGAACAAGCGAUGGACUGUCAUUUUUAGUUGCUUGAGUACCAGAGCAGUUCACUUGGAAGUUGUGGAGUCCUUAUCAGCAUCAAGCUUUAUUUGUGCUUUGCGUCGCUUCUUGGCCGUCAGAGGACCAGUGAAGCACUUUCGUUCUGACAGGGGGACGAAUUUUAUUGGAGCAGUCAAAGAACUCCAAAUCAAUAGUAACGACUCAGAGUUGAAAGGCUUCUUGCAGAAUCAAGGCUGCACGUGGACAUUUAAUGCUCCACAUUCCUCCCAUAUGGGAGGAGUGUGGGAAAGAAUGAUCGGGAUUGCCAGACGUAUUCUGGAGGCUCUCUUGAUGAAAACUCCCACAAGACUCACGCAUGAGGUCUUAACAACUUUAAUGGCAGAAGUCAUGGCCAUUAUGAAUUCCCGACCCUUAACCCCAAUUUCAACAGAUGCAAGCAUGCCCCAAGUGCUCUCACCAGCAAUGCUCUUAACUCAGAAGGCGAGUGUUGCUCCAGCCUCCAGCUCCAAUUUCGAGUUGGAUCACCUGCACAAAAAUCAAUGGCGUCAAGUCCAGAUGUUGGCGGAUUCAUUCUGGAAGCGAUGGAGGCAGGAGUACUUGUCUACCUUGCAACCCAGAAGGAAAUGGACAGAGGAGAGAGAUAGUAUUCAGGAAGGAGAAGUAGUUCUGUUGAAAGAUGGGGAGGCUAAGUGCAGUGAGUGGCCAAUUGGUCUCAUAACAAAGACUGUAGCCUCAUCUGAUGGGAAAAUUUGUAAGGUUAUGGUGAAGACGGCUAAGCAAGGGGUUUGUCAGAGAGUACUUAAGACCUAUAUGUGA